UCCCGCUCAUCACAUCCCGCCUCUCUCUCCUCACUCGUAUACACAGUACAUAUCCACUCUCCAUAAUCUCCCGUCUCUCAUCCACUUCUUCGCAAAUCUUUCCCUCUCUCCACAAAUCUCUCCCCCUCUCUCCUCAGCUCUCUCUCUAUGGCUCUCAAGCGAGAGGCACCAAGAUCCAACGGCGAAGACGCCGAACCACAAAAAUCAUCUCGAUCUUCAAAGAGAUCGAAAAGCAAGGCAAUCAAAGACGAAGCGGAGGAGUUCGUUUUACAGAUUAGCGACGCCGAGAACGAAGACGAGGCGCAGGUAGAGAGCAACGGAGAGCAAGGCCUCGCAAAGUUGAAUAUUGUGCGGAAACCCAAGCGAGUGGAGACCGAAGAAGAGAGCGUUUUUGUCGGCGAGCCUAUCGAUGCCGACGAAGCUAAGCGUCGAUGGCCUGAUCGUUAUCUUGCUCAGACAGGAGGAGAUGCAGAGGCUAAGAGAUCAUUAAGUAAACCAGAGAAAUGUCAAGCUCGUAGACACUAUAAACAAGCACUCGUUGAUGGGCGUGUAUCUUUUACUCUCGGAGAUGAUGCUCAUGUCAUGGCUGGUGAUGGAGAAGAUAAUUAUAUAUGUAGGAUCAUUGAAAUGUUCGAGGGAGUCGAUGGCGAACCCUAUAUAACUGCUCAAUGGUUUUACAGGGCCAAAGAUACAGUAAUAAAAGAUUGCUCAGAUCUUAUCGACAAAAAACGAGUAUUCUUGUCUGAUAUUAAAGAUGACAAUAAUCUGGAUUGUUUACUCGAAAAGAUUAAAAUUGUUCAGCUUUCCCUGAAUGAUGAUUCUGAUACUAAGAUGAGGACUGUUGCAAAAUGUGACUACUACUAUGACAUGUUGUACCAUGUCCCGUUUUCAACAUUCCUAAACUCCAAACAUGAUGAUGCUGAAGACAAAAAUGAAUCUGGUUCAACAAUCUCAAGUGAGACUGGUAUCCAUCAAGAUGAAGAGAACAAGAUUCCAAAAGAAAUGAAGUUGUUGGACCUAUUUUCAGGAUGUGGUGCCAUGUCAACUGGACUGUGUCUUGGUGCUAAUUUGUCAGGUGUUAAACUUGUUACGAAAUGGGCAGUUGACCUAAACCAAUAUGCAUGCCAGAGCUUAAAACAUAACCAUCCUGAGACAGAGGUUAGAAAUGAGAAAGCUGAAGAAUUUCUAGCUCUUCUGAAAGAGUGGCAAAGACUUUGUGCCUAUUUUUCAUUAAUUGAAGAUAAGGGCUCUUCAGAGAAAUAUGUACCUCCUGAGAUUACAAGCAAUGAUGAAGAUGACGAGGAUGAAGUACAAGUAGAUGAUGAGGAAAUUUUUGAGGUAGAGAAGAUCUUAUCCAUAUGCUAUGGGCUUCCUGCUGGGCAGAAAGAACCUGGACUAUAUUUUAAGAUUCGCUGGAAGGGAUAUGGAGAAGAUGAAGACACAUGGGAGCCAGAAGAUGGCUUAAGUGGUGCUCAGGAUAAACUUAAGGACUUCGUCACAAAUGGCUUCAAUUCAAAGAUUCUCCCUUUGCCUGGUGAUGCUGAUAUCAUAUGUGGAGGUCCUCCAUGCCAGGGAAUUAGCGGAUUCAACCGAUUCAGAAACUCCAAAAAUCCUUUAGAAGACCCGAAAAACGAGCAACUUCUGGUUUACAUGAAUAUUGUGGAGUAUUUGAAGCCAAAGUUUGUGCUAAUGGAAAAUGUUGUUGACAUAGUCAGAUUUGCUAAAGGUUUUCUUGGUAGAUAUGCAUUAGGCCGCCUUGUUGGCAUGGAUUACCAGGCCCGCUUGGGUAUGAUGGUUGCAGGGGCUUAUGGCCUCCCUCAGUUUCGCAUGCGUGUGUUCUUGUGGGGUGCACAUCAUACAAUGAAGCUGCCUCAGUUCCCAUUACCCACUCACAAUGUUGUUGUGAGAGGACAUUCUCCGCUGGAAUUUGAGUCAAAUGCGGUUACCUACGAUGAAGGUUGUGUUCCUAAAUUACAGGACAAAUUGUACUUGGGGGAUGCCAUUUCUGAUCUUCCAGCUGUGGACAAUGAUGAACCCCGUGAUGAGAUGCCAUAUGGGACUGAUCCCAAAACUGAGUUUCAGAAGUUCAUCAGAUUAAGGAAAGAAGACAUGUUAGGUUCAACACCACCACUGCUAGCACAGUCAAACAACCUUCUUUAUGAUCACCGUCCUCUUAAAUUAAACAAUGAUGAUUAUGAGCGAGUUUGUCAUAUACCAGUUAAAAAGGGUGCCAAUUUUAGGGAUCUUAAAGGGGUCAGAGUUGGACCUGAUAAUAAAGUGGAAUUUGACCCUGAUGUUGAACGUGUUCUUUUGUCAUCGGGAAAGCCUUUGGUUCCUGACUAUGCAAUGACAUUUGUGCGAGGAACCUCUCCUAAGCCAUUUGGGAGAAUAUGGUGGGAUGAGACAGUACCUACUGUGGUUACGAGAGCUGAACCUCAUAAUCAGAUUAUUAUUCAUCCUGAGCAAAAUAGAGUGCUCACCAUCAGGGAGAAUGCUAGACUGCAGGGCUUUCCUGAUUAUUACAAGCUUUUCGGUCCUAUCAAGGAGAGGUACAUUCAAGUGGGCAAUGCCGUUGCGGUUCCGGUGGCAAGAGCCCUUGGAUACUCAUUAGGAUUAUCAGUCAAAGGCAGCAGCUCUCCAUCUCAACCUUUAUUCACUUUGCCAGCAGGAUUUCCUAAUUGCCAGUCUCAUGUUUCUGAUGAAGCUUGAAACACAAUCUCUUUAUUCAUGUAUUGUUGUGUUAGUUAUCGAUUGAUCUCUCCUUGAACAUUAAUUUGAUCUUAAUGUGGGUCUCUGGGUGGAAUACAAAGUAGGAAAAGAAUUAAAUCCUCCAGGGGAUUCCAAAGAUGUCUAAUUUUUUUUAUUAUGCAAUGCAAACUAUAUGUUAUGCUCGACAAGAUUCUCUGAAACCAUUCAAGGUUAAAAACAAUAAAUAAUAUAUAUUGUAAAAUUAAUUCAUGAUGUCA